CCACCAGGAAUGCAUUGCAGUGCAGGCUGGGAGAGGCAGCCACAGCCAGGCACUUCCUCCUUCAGGCACUUACUGACCAAGUUACCAUAACUGGGAGCACUGGACGAUCGUGUCACCUCAUGCAGGCUGCCAGGUGAGCAGGCGGAGGAUGCUGGUCGCUGCUUCUCAGGAGACGUCUUCAGCGUACAAUCAGCGGAGUUUCUUCACUUUCCCGGCAACUGAUUGAUAGAUGCUCAUGAGGAGGUAGAUUAGGACGUUUUAUCUGCACAUUUAUUUGUGCACCCCAGGGGGAUGUCCACAGUCUCCGCAACAUCAUUUUCAAGGAGAUUGGCCCGUCGCAAUGUGAGCGCUUCUAGAGAACUCAGACGGACUAUGGAUGGCUCCGUCGUUAAGAAUGCUUGCCUGACGGGGGCAGAGUCACUUUUGAAGACAGAAGAAGACUUUCUGUCGUCUUUGUCUCAGAUUAACACAGCCGUCUUAAACACAUUACUUCAGGUUACAGAUGCACACGAUCUGGGCGGAGAUCACUGGCAGGCACUGAAGCUUCUCAAUGACAGAUUCCACAGUCUCUGGGAGCUGACCGCCAGCUGUUUCCAGGCACUAAAGCAGAAGUAUGAGCUCUUAGCGGUGGACCUCCCGGACAUCUACCUCAUGACAAAAGAGAGUCAUUUCCUCCAGGGCUACACUGAAUAUUUUGUGUCGGCUACAAAUUAUCUGGUGAUGAAAGGAUUUGAGAAAUCAGCCAAACAAACAAGCAGUUAUUGGAAAGCAAAUAAAAAGCUCCUCAUGCAGCUUGUUGGGGAACCCAUGGAGACCCCCAUUAAUGUUCUGCUACAGAGAGUCCUCAUCGAACCGUUCAGGGAUCACGUACAACAAUACUCACUACUGCUAUCCAAGCUGAAUGGAACACUCUCAAAGGAAGCCGGUAUCGCGCCUUUGACCGAUUGUCUGACUGGAUUUGUAAAUCUCCAAUCUUAUAUCAGCCAAUCGCUGGAUGAAGCUUUCCAGACGAAAAUCCUGUGGGGUUCUCUGUCGCAUAAACUGACGGCUGCCUUUUGUACUCCAGAGCGGCGGAUACAAGAGGACAGCAAGAGCGUCCCGGUUACAGUCACCACCGGUAGAUUCGACAGAGUCCUCCUGUUCAGUGAUGUGCUGGUCUUCCUGCAGGGGAGUGAAGCUCACAUCUUUAACUUGACAACCGUUUGGGCGGACUCAACGGUGAAGCAAAAAUCGGAACAAAACAACCACAUCUUGCGCAUUGUGACCCCUGAAGAAGAAUAUUUCCUUUCCACGAAAGACCCACAAAAUCAGGCAUUGUGGCUAUGGAAAUUAAAUCAACUGAUACGCCAGAGUCUGGAGGGAAAACGGGAUUUUCCUUUGUGGGGGAGAACCGGAGAAGCCGCCAACCCGCCAACGUCCAGAUUGUCCAAGUACACGUAUAAGAAUGAAGGCAGAUUCAAGAGUGCGGUGUACGAAGGAGACAUGUCGUGGGGGAAACCUCACGGGAAAGGGACGUUAAAAUGGCCAAAUGGCCGCAACCAUGUUGGAGAGUUCAAAUUUGGUCAAGAAAACGGGUUUGGAAUCUGUAUUAUACCAGACUUAUCCCGGGACAGCUAUGACUGCUACAAAUGUCACUGGAGGAAUGGCGCAAUGCAGGGAUAUGGAAUCUGUGAGUAUGCAGAUGAAUCCGUAUAUAAAGGGUACUUCAAGGACAACAUGCGGCAUGGAUUUGGAAUCCUGGAGAAUGUGGUAUCCACUACAAACCCAUUUACAUACACAGGGAAUUGGGAUAAAGACAAGCGGACUGGGUACGGAGUGUUGGACAACUCUCACAAAGGUGAGCGGUACAUCGGAAUGUGGCUGGAUAACCAGAGACACGGUCCUGGCAUCGUCCUUCUCCAUACCGGCUCCUGCUACCAAGGGAUCUUCAAUGCCAAUAAGCUGGUGGGCAAUGGUGUUCUGAUUACAGAAGAGAACCUGGUGUACGAGGGGGAGUUCACAGAAGAAUGCUUACUGUCUGGAAAGGGAAAACUGAUGUUUGCCAACGGCUUUACCCUGGAAGGGAGUUUCAACAGGAGUGGUGACUCUGGCCUGCAGACGCAGGGAGUCCUCAGCACGGCUUGCGGCUACCAGGACCAGUUCCUGAAGAGGAAACACCAGUUUGGAGUGGGAACCUUCCCCGUUGAGGAGCGCUGGCAGGGGAUGUUCCAGCAGUUCCAGAAAUACCUCCAGUCUGGGUGCAAAACUGAAGUUGAAGAAAUGUUCCUCGGCUUUAAUGUAAAGUCCAGCAAGAAAGUUCGGAAAUCUCAGGAGUACCUGUACUGUCAGAGGGACAGUGAGGAAGUUUCAUGCAAGAUUGAGGAUAUUAUGAAAGAAGUGAGUCUCCAGCAAGCACCUGAGGCCUUGAAGAGUUAUUUGGAAAAGGCCUUCAAUUCUUCUCACCAUCCAUUGAAGAAACACAUAAAGAUGCUCUCCGUGGCUUUCCAGGCCACGUAUUCCGGUCUGGGGGCCAACCUGCAUCUUCUGAGUAUGGCGCAGGAGGAGAUCAAGUACUACGCCAAAAAGCUGUGGGAGUUUUUCAGGGCCUUAAUUGCGAUGACCGCAGAUAAAGUAGACCGGUCACACUCCAGACUACAAAGCGAAGAGAUAAGUGAGGACCUGAACCCUUACACCCUAAUUCUCCCAGCCAUCCUUCCCCGCUUUCACCCCGACCUCUUCAUGCUGUACAUGCUAUACCACCAGCAGGAGGACGCCCUCUACUGGCAGGGGAUAGUACGCCUGGGUGUCCUGACUGACACCAAGCUGCUGGAGUUUCUGGAUGUACAGAGGCAGCUGUGGCCGUUGAAAGAUGUGAAGCUGACAACCAAUCAGGUCACCAGGAGGCCGGGUAUCCCCCACAAGACGCUGCCCACACCCCGCCCAAGGAGGAAGAGAUAUUCGAUAGUGAAACACAAGUGCUUCAAUUCUGCCACUGAGUGUCUCCAGAAGAUAAUCUCAACUGUGGACCCAGAAGAGAAGCUGGAAAUCAUUCUGAAGACCUACAAGGAGAUUGAAACAACCGUGUCGCGAGUUGUGAAUAAGGACUAUAAACUCCCCAUGGACGAUCUGCUGCCUUUACUGAUAUACGUCGUCUCUCGAGCGGGUGUACAACAUUUGGGAGCAGAAAUCCACUUUAUCCAGGACUUGAUGGACCCCAGUAACCGGGGAGGGAUAUAUGACUUUCUGCUGACCGCGCUGGAGUCCUGCUAUGAACACAUUCAAAAAGAUGAAAUUCGGCUUUUCAAGUGAUGGACCCUCCGUUCUGGGACUGUUCGCAGGAAUAAUGAAACGAAGCUAAAAAGAAUUGUUCUUUCCUACUGUAAUUCAUCUCUAACUAAGGACAUCCCCCUAAGUUCUCCAUUAUAGCACUUUAACCCAGGGUCACACAGGAUUUCAGUUUGGGUGACUGCACAUAUUGGCACAUUACAUUUAUAUGUAUGUAAUUUGCAUUUCAUUAACUAUUCAUCCUUACACAUCAAUCAUGUCUAGGAAGUGUAUAUAUAAACACCGCCUGAGAAUAGUUGACAAAUUUCUGAAAAGGAACUAGGAGAGUAUUCUAGGAUCUGAUCCACCUAGUGGCCAGUAGCGGCACUGCAGGGACAUCUGUUCACUUUAACAACAUCCAGCAUUUCUUGUUUAGAGGAAAUCCCAGACUUCCCGGUCUCUCCUUGAUAAAUGAUUCUACUGUAUUUAUUAACAUUAGGACUUGGUAAAUGUCGCCGGGCAAUGAUCAAAUUAAUGGAGUGCCUGAUAAGAGGGCGGCCAGACAAUUUAAAAGCACAUAUCAUGAUAGUUGAUACUAUUACAAAGACAAUACAACUGCUUAUUUUUAUACGUAAUACUGAAUGUUAAUUUCCUUUGUCACAAUAUUAUCUUAAUCAUUACUGCAGAAAAAAACAAAAAGAAAAAAAAACAUGUAACAAUGAAUGCCUAAGGCAUUCAUUGUUGCAUGUUUUUUCUUGCCGAGAAAAUGAACGACGUCGCAAAUUUUCACCGUUCUUGAGCGUCGUCGUUCACUUUCUCGGCAAAUGUGUAUGCCGGUGAUGAAAAGCAAUGCGCGGCCCCGUGGGUCGUUAACGACCCUUGCUGUUGGCCGUGCAUACAGCUCAAUUUGGACGGUCGUCCAAGAGCGGCGUGACGUCACUGAGAAAUAUGGUCGCUCAGUGUGUAUGCACUGCCACCGCCCGGCUCGGGAGGGGGAAACACUAGGCGACGCCGCUCAUAGAGUACAUCGCCUAGUGUGUACCUUCCUUAAGAUCAAAAAUAAUGGUACAGGUGACCUCUGCAGGAAACCGGCGCAGACGUAUACGGAAAUUAUUUAUUAUACAGCAUCGCGUUCCUAUUUAUUGCAGCAGAGGUGGCUGCAGGUAUGUAAAUAUCCGACAAAUAUUGCUACACUACAGGAAACGUUUGAAUCAAAGUGUUAAAUUAUUUAUAGGGUUUAUAUGGAUUUUGAUAUUUGGUAUGGCAUAUUAUAAUGUAAGGUUUUCUUUUUGGACACAUAUCCGAAAUCUCAUUCUGCAGAAAGCUGUGGAGUGAAUAAAGUAGACAUGUAUUGAUGUCCUUAACUUCUUAGCGAUUGCUUUGUACAGAGAAAUGAAUUAUUUAUUAUAUCUAGGCGCGAUAUCGGUACACUUUUAGGUACACUAAUGUAGUAACAAUUGUUCUGCAACACAUUAACACAUCUCUAGUCACGGGCAUUUAAAAAUAACGCGUUCCACAAAGGAAGAAAAUUGCGUUCGCUUGCUGUAAUAUGAUGCAGAAUCCUCAAUAAAAUGUUAACGGUUCAUACGUUUAGUCUGUGACAGUGUUGGUUCCUGUAUGCCAUUGCAAAGGAAAAUUACUUUAAUUGCUAAUGGACUACAAGUCAAUUGGGGUCACGAUGCCUAUUAACUUUAAUCACUGUGCUGAGUGAAGCGGCUUGAUGGCAUUUAUUAAAAGUGCAGAGAUAUCACAUAAAAUAAUAGGCCGUUCUAGAUUGAUGUUUAUUGUUGCAAAAAAGUGAUGGCCUUAUACUAGGAAGAACUUGUAUGAAACAAAGUAGUAAUUAUACACAAGUAUACAGAAACAGGCAGGUGGAGCAGAUGUUAUCCCAAAGAAAGCGUACUUCCAUCCUGACUUCCAUCACUUGCAGAUGCAGCUAAUGUAAUAAUAACAUUAGCUUAACACCAUGCUUAAAUUUCCUGGGAGUGGUUUCAGCGUUAAUCUAGAAUACCAUUUUGGGAUAACUAUGGGGGUCAUUCCGAGUUGAUCGUUAGCUGCAUUUAUUCGCUGUGCAGCGAUCAUGCAAAAAAAAAAACGGCAGUUCUAUGCAUGCGUAUGCGGCGCCUUGCGCAACGUACGAGUACAACGACCAAUGUAGUUUAACACAGGGCCUAGCGAUGCAUUUCAGUCGCACUGGCUGCCGCAGAGUGAUUGACAGGAAGAGGGCGUUUCUGGGUGGCAACUGACCAUUUUCAGGGAGUGUUCGGAAAAACGCAGGAGUGGCUGGAAAAACCCAGGCGUGGCUGGGCGAACACAGGGCGUUUGUGAUGUCAAAUCCGGAACAAAAUGGUCUGAAGUGAUCACAAGCGCUGAGUAGGUUUUGAGCUACUCUGAAACUGCACAAAAUUAUUUUGUAGUCUCUCUGCGAUAUAACCGUUCGCACUUCUGCUAAAUUAAAAUACACUCCCAGUGGGAGGCGGCAUAGCGUUUGCACGGCUGCUAAAAACUGCUAGCGAUCGAUCAACUCGGAAUGACCACCUAUGGCUACAUUUGUACACAUGCAGGUUAGUUAUGAAUACAAACAAACUGGUGGGAUAUUUGGCUUCUAUUGUGUAUAUGUGUCUGUGUGACAGGGUAUUUAGAUUGUCAGCUCUGCUGCGGCAGGAGCUGGUGUGAAUGGCUAAAUAUGGUCUGUAAAGCGCUACGAAAUAUGUGUGCGCUAUGGACCCGAUUCAGUAAGGAUUGCAAAUCCUGCAAAGUAGUAGAAUAUGAAAUCCUUUUGAUCGCAUGCUGGGGGGCGCUCAUCGUGGGACAAGAUAGUCCAGCAUGCUAUCCGCCAGGCCCCUGAGACCACGCUAAAAUUGCAGUUGCACCACAAUUUCAGCGUGAUUGCUGAAAAUAGGGUAGCCUCAUGCCGGCUCCCGAGGGCCACCACCAUUUUAGUGUUUGCAGCGGCUGCGUGUGACGUUUUUAAGCUGCGCUCCCACAAGCUCCGCCUAGGAAACGGAGCGUAGCAACCCACGCCCCUGCCUGACUGCCGGACAGAGACGUCCGCAUUUUCUGGGGCCUGCGCAUGCGCCCGGUUGGACCGUUGUGAUCGCACCUGAAUUAGGCCCUAUGGGGGUAAUUCAGAUACGAUUAUUUACUCUGACAUGCGAGGGGACGCCCAGCACAGGGCUAGUCCACCCAGCAUCUCAGCCCAAAAGCAUUGCACGGCGGCGAUACUUUUGCACCUGGCGAGUAGGUCCUUGCCAGCGCAGCUUUUUGCGCAUUGGUAGGCCGCUACCGGCUGCGUCCUGGGUCACAGCAGCUGCUUGUGACAUCAUGCAGCUGGCGCGGCCCGUCCCCAACGGUCCGGACGCGCCUGCGUUGUCCGAACCGCGCCCCACUAACGGUGUUCUAAUGCCGUUGGCUCGCCCCCUCCCGCCUCUGCCUGUUAAUCAGGCAGAGGCGAUUUCAGCCCUGAGAUGCUGUUAGCAUCUCACUGGGCUCCCCGGGGUGCGCAUACGCAGUGCGCCCCGCUGCGCGAGCGCACUCCGCUAAGGGCUUAAGACUGCGGCAGCAAUCCAGUGUGAAUUAGGCCCUACAGUAUACGCAGAACUAUUAAUAGUCAUGUAUGUUGCAAUCUGAAUUAGUGUGUUAUUAGAGAACUUUAUUUUUCCUGAAAUUAUAAAGAUUUUUAUUGAUUAGACUUGGACAAUAUUACAAACAUCUGCACACACACAAGGCAAUCUAGAUGGGCCGGAAUGUUCCCUUUCCCAUCAAAUUCUGUUUCUAUAUGUAAAUAAACUAUUGUUUUUUUUAUUA